GAAUAGCCGAAAGCAGAAACCCGAUCCCGUUCCCCGGACCCGCACAGAACAGAGAGGAGCUCGUCCCACGCGCCGCCACUCGAUCCGCCGCUGACGUCCCUCCUCCGCCGCCGCGGCCACGGACGGAGGGUAGCCCGAGCAGCUACCGCACGUCCCUGCUCCGGUGCCCCGGCCGCCCCCCUUCGAUCUCCCGGCGCGCGGACACCGGCGAGCUCCGCGGCGGUGGCGCAGCUGGCCUGAGCCCGAGCAGGAGCAGCAACUCACCCCGCUGCCCUCGCCCAAGCCGUUGGCCGUGAGCCCAGCCUCCUCCUCGUCCUGGAAAGCGGACUCGCACCUUGAUCUUCACCACCCAACUGCAGGUCCUGCACAAGCGUGCUCAAGGGACUGUUCACCUAGUUGUGGAAGAACCGGUUAAGGAGAGGGAGCUCCGUUUUGUGGCUCGGCUCACACCAACGCACACCCCCUCCAGGUUUUCCCUGCGCCUCCGGUGACCGCUUCUUCUUCGACUCCGGCAUAGCCGGAGGAGCAGUAGGAGUGUCGGCAACCCGAUGGCGUCCGGCUUCGGGUUCCCGAUACUGUCACCAGCGGAGAUCGCGGAGCAGCUGUUCCAGUACGGGAUCGCCCCCGUCGCCAACCUCCGCCCCGAGAACAUCGCCAGCCCGCAGCCUGACCUGCUCCCUGGCGUCCUCGCCCGCUUCUUCGACUCCUUCGUCGAUGCCCCCGGGGACGGCGAGGACGGGCUGCUAGGGUUCAGCGACCUGGAGGUGCUGGACAACCCGGAGCACCACGCAGAGGCCAUCCGGGUGCUACGCCUCUACAACAAGUCGCAGGCCUUCCUCGACUCCAUCCAGUUCAAGGACUUCACGCUCGCCGACUUCAGCCGCCCCACCCCGCGCCGCGUCGUCGAGGUCCUCAGCGCCCUCAUCAACUUCCUCUUCUACAGGGAGGAGAAGGUCACCCUCCUGCAGCCAAUCGUCAGCGAGACCCCCGACUACCACGAGCGCACUCUGGAGCUCAAGGCCAGGAUGGCCCAGCUUCAGAAGGAGAUCGGGGAUCAUGAGCUCGCGGAGCAGAUGGAGGAGCCCAUGGCCCAGCAGCUGGAAGCGGACGUCAAUGCUCUGCAGCAGAAAGUUCAGGUUUACAACAAGCAGCAACUGGCCCUGCGAGCAAAGGCCGCAGUCAUCAAUGACAAGAAAGAGGAGAUUCACAGGAAGAUAACCCAGGCUGAUUUUGAGUUGACUAAACAUGCCCAAGAAAACUCCAGAUUGAUGUCCAAAUUAGUGAAGUCCCCAGAAAAAGUUCAGAGGGCCUUGGAAGAGAAGAAAUCAGCCCGUGCUAAGUUGAAAGAGUCUGAGAAAAUAGCAAUGCAAAAUGAUCAAGAGAAAUCUGCCGCUUUGGAGAUACGCAACAAGGCUCAUGAAAAACUGACGAAACAACACUCUAAAAUCCAGGAUGUACAUGAACAGCUUGUUGCUGCUAAAACAGUUGAAAAGGAAGUUAAAGCUCGCAAAGCAAAGCUUAAUGAUGAAAGUGUAUCAGUUAUGUCAUUCGACGCACAGAUUGUUGAUUGGCAAGGAAAAGUACAUGAAAUGGAGGAGCGUCUCAAGGGGAAAGUGAAAGAAAGGAAUCAAAUAAUAGCAGAUGAAAAUCAGAAGCUGGGUGCUUUGAGCUCCGAGACUGAGGGUAAACUGCGGUGCCUUGAACCUAGAGAAAAGAAAGUAGAGGCAACGAUCGCUAAGGCUUCAAAUUUGUGUUCGGAAGCUGCUUCAUCAAGGACUGCUGCCACAGCAGAACAGCAGAAAAUUCGUGCAAAAUUCAACAGCAUUGUGAAGGCGUUCAACACCUACAUGGAUAGCGUCGACCCUUUCCUCGAGCGAGUUGAGGAGGUUGGCAGGCAAUCGGCGGGGGAAGGCGCCUCUGCCCCCGAUCCAUCUGCUGCUGUCACAACAAAAACCACACCGAGAGCCAGCGCAAUGAGCAAGAAGUCGAGGGCUAGGAAAAGGACAUGAGCUGUGCUUCUUGCCAGUGCAUGGAUGGAAUACCCAGUACUCCCUUGGUCUCGGUGCAUAGGACAUGCGCGUAGUUCUAGGGUGAAUUUGACUAACUAAAAAUGUGAUAUAUCUCAUCAAAAGCAGAUCAUUGGAUACAUAUAUGAAUGUAGUUUCUAAAUAUUUUUUUGUUAAAUAUAAUACAUAUUAGCUAGUUAAAUUGAUGACCUAGAACUACGCACUUGCCCUUGCACCGGGACAGAGGGAGUACAUAUCUUUGUUUAUGUGUGCAUGAUGCUGUAGUAGUGCCUCUAGCUGCUAUUCAUGUGCUGAAUUAUGUAUGCGCUGGUUGGUUCGGAUCGGGGCUAGUUAUUGAUUGAGGUGACCGAAUGCUACGGGCUAAUGUUAUCUUCAAUGUAAAUAUACACCGCAUUUCUGACACUUUCA